GAGUUAGAACAUAUAGAUGAUGUGUGUCGGAUUAAGCUGGUUUUUAAGGUUCAAAUCAGAGUGAAUUUCAGCAGUUAAUUACAAAAUAGACUAAUCAAGCUGACAAAAUUGUUUAUGAAUUCAUUUUCAGCCAGUCUGUCAUUUACAGCAAAACAUAUCCAGACAUUAACAUUAAUAUAUUAGUAUUAAUCUACAGGUUACUAUCCCUCUCCUGCUCUGUUUUCCAUUUCUUCUCCUCCAGGUGUUUGUAUCUCUCACAGCUGGACUCUCCUGAGCUUCCAGAUGUCUGUCAGGUGUUUUAUCCUCACUAUAUAGUCAUUAACACUGUUUAUGCAUCUGACGCUGACGUGAUGUUGCCAGGGAGUUGCAAUGCAGUUGCUAGGUUGCUUGUUAUUUCAUUGAAACACCUCUCACAUGUUCUUCAGCGCAUGCAACUCUAGUUUCAGUCUUAAAAUGUGGAGCUUUAGAAACUUUGAGUUCUCUUUUUGAUUCGACUCUGUGGUAAUGAGCAUCAUGUGUGUCAUCUGUCUGUCUCUGACUCUCUGAGCCUGCUGUAAAAGGACCUUCAGAAAGGCCUCGAGGGUGCUGUGAUCACUGUGAAUAUUAGACUGCUCUGUGAGGAUGUGAACAGAACAUUCACCCCAUGAGCUCCAUUACAGACUGUUUAUGCUCAAUGUUUCUGUCACUAAAUCACCUGUGGAACAUGCUCUCUUUGGUUAAACCACGGUUCAUUUUAUUAAGGAAUUUUGCAUUUGUGUGUGUGUGUUUUUUUUUUAAUAACUGUACUGUCUUAAUGAUUUGAUCUUUUAUUGUGUUUUUUUAAAAAGAAGAAAGAUUCGCAAACCUCCUGUGUCCUUAUCUAAAACGAAUGAUUCGCGAUCCGAUUCGAGCGCUUCGAAGCAGUGAAUCAAUCAUUUUGCGACUCAAAUGUUUUUUAACUGAUUCGGAGUUUCGAAAAGCUCCGUUUCACAAUCACUACGUGCUUUUUAAAACCAUUACAAGCGAUGUCGACAUUCGAAACGGCUCUUUUGAUCUGGUUUUUCAAGUGAAUCGCUCGAACUGAAUGAUCGGAGUCACGAGUUUGAAUCAAUCGGAGCGGUUCCAGCGUAAAUGACUCACUCAAUUGAAUCGAUUCGUCUGUUCCUCCUCUUUUCUCGGUUUAGUGCUAACUACUGAAACAGUUCAUUAAUAUGAGUAGCUGCAGAUCAAAAUACAUGUUAGAUGGAAGGAUUGAGUUUGUAACUUAAUUGAUUAUAUAUAUAUAUAUUUUUUUAAAUUAGCAGUAAAGGUUGAUGGCAGUUCUACAAUAAAUUAUCAUCCAAUCUCUCAUUCCAUUUUAGUAAAUGUUCAAUUUAUAAGUUAAAAUUAUUUUUGUAUCUGAUUGUAGAGAGAUAGUUCAUGUAAAUAGAUCGAAUGGGAGAAGCAGAUGAACACAAAACAGCAAGUGACGUCAACAAUUAUCCAAGUUUGCCAGAAUUAAAUGAAUGCAAACAGAUCUUUUAUAAAAUACAGUUUCUCUUAUUGCAUAAAUCAUCACAGCAAGCUUCACGUGUGCUCAGUAUGUUGCAUUAGAUCAGACAUCGAUAUAUUAAUCUAUGCACAUCAGUUGCAAUCAUUCAGCCGUGGAUCGGCUCGGGCGCGCGCAGGUUUCGGCGGGGGCGCGCUGACGUCAUCGGGGUUUAUUAGCGGCGCUCGGACCCGCGGGCUCCAGUCAGUGUUUCUCCGCUCCUCGUGCACUAAACCAGAUCCAGGACUCAUGUCCGGGAAUCCAGACCGGAGUAAAGGAUUCACCUGAAGAGGAACACACAGCGGUCAGCUGAAGAAAGAGAGCCGAGAGCCGUCUCUGUUUUCCUCCAUGUGAAGGAAAAGGUACAAGGCUGAGCGAUGAAUGAGAGUGCGGCGCUCAACGAGAGCGGUGCUGGUUUGCCGGUGUCCUCGUGGCUGGAAGCAGAAGACUUCGACAACAACCGGACCCUUGCGCUCUCAUCCGCGGCCCUCGAGUACCACGUCAACCCGUGGGACAUCAUGCUGUGCCUGUCGGGGACGGUGAUCGCCUGUGAGAACGCCAUCGUGGUGGCCAUCAUCUUCUACACACCGACGCUUCGCAACCCAAUGUUCAUCUUGAUUGGCAGCCUGGCCACCGCUGACCUGUUAGCCGGCAUGGGAUUAAUCCUGAACUUCGCUUUCCAGUAUCUGGUCUCAUCUGAGACCAUCAGCCUCAUUACAGUCGGAUUCCUGGUGGCGUCCUUCACAGCGUCCAUCAGUAGCUUGUUAGCUAUUACUGUUGACCGCUACCUGUCGCUCUACAACGCCUUGACAUACUUCUCCGAGAAGACGCUGCAUUAUGUGCAUCUGAUGCUGGUGGGAACAUGGGGUGCGUCGCUGGGAUUGGGACUGCUGCCCGUUUUGGGCUGGAACUGUUUGGAUGAUGCAUCCACCUGCAGCAUCGUGCGUCCGCUCAACCGCACCAACCUCACCGUCCUCGCCGCGUCGUUUUUCGUCAUCUUCGCCCUCAUGCUCAGCCUGUACUUCAAGAUCUGUAAGAUAGUGUGUCACCACGCGCAUCAGAUCGCUCUGCAGCAGCACUUCUUCACCACCUCGCACUACGUGGCCACCAAGAAGGGCGUCUCCACGCUCGCCAUCAUCUUGGGCACGUUCGGCGCCAGCUGGCUGCCUUUCGCCAUUUACUGUCUGGUCGGGGAGCGCGAGUAUCCGUCGGUGUACACUUACGCCACGCUGCUCCCCGCCACCUACAACUCCAUGAUCAACCCCAUCAUCUACGCCUACCGCAACACUGAGAUCCAGCGCUCCAUCUACAUGCUCUUCUGCGGCUGCUUUCAGACCAAGGGCUCGUACCGAUCCAGAUCGCCCAGCGAGGUGUAGAUCCUCAGAACUUAUGAAAUAACAGUCCAGUGCUUUUAAGGCUCAUUAAGAAACAUAUUAUUAUUCUUCAAAGGCCCAAAUCUGUGCAAAAGCAUCCAAGUUGUAUUGUAUGAGAUCACUUUAUAUCUCCAGUAAUGAGUCUCUCAGUAAGAUGAGAUGUAAAUGAUCCACACAGUGAUUGAGAGCUGAAGGAAUCCAGGCUCCUCAGAAGAUGUGAGAUGUUCUGGAGGCUUGUGAAGAUCAUUCCUCCGCUGAGGAACAGUGAAAGUAAAGCUCCUCAAAAGAUCCUGAGGAUCAGAUUUGAGACGCUAAAACAUGAUUGAUGGAGAAUCAAGUAAAGCUGAGCUGCUUCAGUCCAGGAAGAGUUCAUCUGGAGAUAUUACUGACCUUAUUCUGACCUUUACUUGAUCACAAUCAGGAGAGAUCUGAGCUGGACGCUUGUACAGUUACACUGGAAGAGCUUCGAGUUGAUAAAACACUAAACUAUCAAUCAGAGACUGAAGACAUUGCUCAUGCUGAUCACUGAGGCCUUAUACAGUUGCGUUUCAGUAGGCUUUAUAGGGUUAAACUCAUUCAUCAUUCAUGUCACAUGCAGAAGUAUGAAUAUGGCGCUUGAAGUGUCUGUUGCGCAAUUGCACUUUACUGAGACCCGGCGUCUCAACACGCUGUGAACAAGCAACGACCCUCAUCAAAAAUGUAUAUUUAUAUUAUUUAUAAGCAACAUGUUGCACUUUACUGUACAAAUCGAGAUGCCAAAGCAGUAUUGCGUAGGCCUACGUGUUUGCCGAGUUACUCGUGUGAUGGGUUUUCUAUUUUGUAAAGUUGUCCAUGACUGUACUU